AUGGUUCCAUCUAAUUACAAUAGUACCCUCGGAUGCGGUCUUCUUGAUUUCAUGUCUCUUAACAACUUUAGUCAAUUUAACAACAUACCAAACAGUGACGGCAGAUACUUAGAUCUCAUUAUGAGCAACUUUCCCGGUGUUGAUGUCUCGGAGCCUCUAGAACUCUUGAGUAGGCUGGACUGUAAACAUCCUAAUAUUUUAGUAACGUUGCAAAAAACAAAUUUUACUUAUCUCCAGCCUAAGAAACGAACUGACCACAAUUUCUAUAGGGCAAAUUACGAGGAAAUUGCCUCGGACCUGGAUUGUAUAGAUUGGGUGGAGAGGUUUUGGAGCUGUAGCAACGUCAAUGAAAUGGUUACAAAAUUCUAUGAUGAGCUGAACUGA